AUUUCCUUUAUAUAUACCAAUCUAAAAUCAUUUUCUGUGAAUCUCGUUGAGUCUCUCAGUUCAGACUCCUUUUGAGAGCCCAAAAAAAAAGAAAGUUAAAUUUUAGUAGACUUGAAGAAGAACCCAUAAAGAAGAAGAAGAAGAAGAUUUUAGUGAUUAUUCUUGAAUUGAAAAUCAAUAAUGGGGAGAGCUCCUUGCUGUGAAAAAAUGGGGUUGAAGAAAGGCCCUUGGUCUCCUGAAGAAGAUAGAAUUUUAACCAAUUUUAUUCACAAUCAUGGCCAUAGCAAUUGGCGAGCUCUUCCUAAACAAGCUGGUCUUUUAAGAUGUGGGAAAAGUUGUAGACUUCGUUGGACAAACUAUUUGAGACCUGACAUUAGAAGAGGCAACUUCACCAAAGAAGAAGAAGAUACCAUUAUUAACCUACACGAAUUGCUUGGCAAUAGAUGGUCAGCAAUAGCAGCCAAGCUACCAGGUCGAACAGACAAUGAAAUCAAGAAUGUUUGGCAUACCCACUUGAAGAAAAGGCUGGAAAGAAACAUCAUAAAAAAAACAACAAAUCCCAAAUCUGAAAACAAAAGAAAAAAACAAAUUAUAAAACCAUCAAAUUCAUCUUCAUCCAUUAUUAUUGAUAUUACAAAUCAAACCCAAGUUGCCAAUUAUUCCUCAACGAUGUCCCCUUCUUCACAACAGUCUUCGAGCUGUGAGAUCUCUUCAUCAUCACUCACUGAUCAUACUUACAUUACUGAAAAUGAGUACUACAGCUACACAGCGGAGGAGCCGCCGAUCGACGAGAGCUUUUGGUCGGAGGUGGUUGAGAAUUCGAUGACGAAUUCCAAUUCAAAUUCGAAUUUGAAUUAUGAUAGUGAAGAGAAAAUGGAGGAAUUCCCAUUGGUGUCCAUGGAUAUGGUGGAAACAAAUUCGGAUAAGAGAUUAAAUGGUCAAUGUGUUGUUGAUGAUGAUAUGGAAUUUUGGUACAAUGUUUUUGUCAAAGCUGAAGAAAUUUCUGAAUUGCCAGAAUUUUGAGAUCUUUGGAACUAUUCCCAUGUCAAUGGAAAUUAAAAUAUUUUCCAGAUUUUAAUUUAUAAAAUCUACCCCCCAAUUAUUCAGAAAAUAAUUCACUCAAGGAGGAAGAUUAUUUGGACAUAUAUAUGGAGUGAAUUAUUGAGGGGAAAAUGGUGGGAAUUUCAUAGAAUUUAAGGGAAAAUUAGAGAUUAUUAUGUGAAUAGAAAGCUAGUCGUAAAUGAAUGAUUAAGAGAGAAAAAAGAAUUUGAGAUUUAUUUGCGGCUUUGGAUUGGGAUUUGUAUAUUCUUUUUCAAGUGACAAAAAAAAAAUGAAUUCUUUA